AUGCCUGAGGGGGCGGGCCGAGGCAGCCAGAGAAAGCCCAGCAACCAAGCUGCCAAGCGCCCCUCCUCCGUGUCCUCCCUGAGCAGCAUUGUGGGUAGGAUGACCUCGUCGGAGCGCGCCUCCCGCGGGAGCUGCACCUCGGUCAACACGGUGUGCUCGGACAGCGACCGCACGGCCAGCCUCAGCUCCUCUGCCUCCUCCGCCUCCCUGCAGGACGGACACUCUUCCUCUUCCUCCUCGCUGCCCUACGGGGCCGUGCCUGCCUACCCUUCCUCGCCGCAGCGCAACGGCUCCGACAUCAGCCUGGACCUCACCCCCCUCUCCCAGCUCCCAGCGGGGGCAAACCCUGCCACCGCCGUGUCCCUGCCCAAGCUGUCUCGCUUGGAGAGGGUGGCGCUGGAGAUAGUGGAGACGGAGCAGGCGUACGUGAGGGACCUGAAGAGCAUCGUAGAGGACUACCUGGGUUGCAUCAUUGACUGUGGGGACCUGCCACUCAAGCCGGAAGAAGUCAGCACUCUGUUCUGCAACAUUGAGGACAUCUAUGAGUUCAACAGCGAGCUUCUGGAGGACCUGGAGAGGAGUCCUCAUGCAGCAGCCAUCGCUGAGUGCUUUGUUGAGAGGAGCGAAGCCUUCGACAUAUAUACCCUGUACUGUAUGAACUACCCCAACUCGGUGGCUGUUCUGAGGGACUGCAUGAAGAACAAGAGCCUGGUGGGCUUCUUCCACGAGAGGCAGACCACCCUGUGCCACUCCCUGCCCCUGGAGACCUACCUGCUGAAGCCAGUGCAGAGGAUCCUCAAGUACCACCUCCUGUUGCAGGAGCUGGCCAAACACUUUGAUAAAAGUGACCCUGGCUACGAGGUGGUGGAGGAUGCCAUCAUCACCAUGACAGCCGUGGCCUGGUACAUCAACGACAUGAAGAGGAAGCAGGAGCACGCCGUCAGGCUGCAGGAGGUUGAGAGCUUGUUGACCAACUGGACAGGUCCAGACCUGAGUGGCUUUGGAGAGCUGGUGUUGGAGGGCGCCUUCAGGGUCCAACGGGUCAAGAAGGAGAGGGCAUUCUUCCUCUUCGACAAGAUGCUGCUUAUCGCUAAAAAGAGGCUGGAGCAUUUCAUCUACAGCACCCACAUAUUUUGCUGUAAUCUUCUUCUCGUAGAAACCAUGAAGGACCCCCUGUGUUUUAAGGUGUCCGAUCAGACCAUCCCCAAACAGCAGCACAUUGUACAGACCAAGAACCAGGAGGAGAAACGCCUUUGGCUGCACUACCUCAAGAGACUGAUAGUGGAGAACCAUCUUGCCUCUCUACCCCAGAAGGCAAGGCAGGUACUCGGUGACAACUUCUGUCAAUCUCCUCAGUUUGAUCAGGAUCAUUUAAAAAAGUCAUCUCCAAGAUGCGAUGAAUACCAUCGAGGGAGACGCCAAUCAGAGCCCCCAGAGUUCAUCUACACCCCAGAGAAGGCCAAGAAGAGCCUUCCCCUGCUGCUGGAGGGGAAUCUGUCCUAUCGCCGCGGCAGGAGGCAGUCUGGUGAGACUUCAUGUCUAUAGUCCAGGACCUGU